CUUCGAGUUGAAUCAGACCAGUCUAGAGUUGAGAACUUAGGGUUUCUUUGGAUCAAGUUUUAUUCCAUUUUGCGCUGCCAGCCCAAUAAAAUUUUCGUCUGGGUUCUCUCCGGAGUUUUCCACGGAGUUUAGAUCUGAGAGUGGACGAAACCCUAGCCAUGACGAGAUCGAAAUUGGCGUUCAUGCUCCCUCUUUUCGUGUCGGCGAUACUUGUUUCUUCGGUUAUAGCGAGUUCGGAUGUGCCCUUUAUGGUGGUGAACAAGAAGGUGAGCCAAUCCCGUCUCAAGUCCGGCGCGGAGCAGUUAAUUGUUUCAAUCGAUAUCUUCAACCAAGGAUCCGUGACUGCCUAUGAUGUGAGCCUUGCUGAUGAUAGCUGGCCUCAAGAUAAAUUUGAGGUUGUAUCUGGUAGCACUUCAAAGACCUGGGAACGGCUUGAUGCAGGCGCGACUGCUUCACAUUCAUUUGUUUUGGAGUCCAAGGUGAAGGGCGCUUUCCAAGGUUCUCCUGCUGUUAUCAAAUUUCGUGUUCCAACAAAAGCUGCAUUACAGGAGGCUUACUCUACUCCCAUUCAACCUCUUGACAUUCUUGCUGACAAGCCUCAAGAAAAGAAGUUCGAAUGGGCAAAGAGGUUAUUGACAAAAUACGGCUCACAGGUCGUAGUACUGCUCUUUGUGGGUUUAUUUGUGUAUGUUCUCGUGAGCCCAUCAAAAUCCAAUGCCGCAAAGGGAAGCAAGAAAAAGCGUUAACAGGUUUCAAUUUGCUUCUGUUAUCGUCAUCAUAUUUGUUUUGCCUGAGAAAAUUUGGUGGUGGAUUCCCACUCCUUAAACUGAACAGUUUUAGUGCUUGAUUAGCAGGCCCAGUUAACUUUUUUGUAUGCUUCUGUUAAUGCAUUUUUAGUUUCUUAAUCUUGUAUGAGGCGCAGUAUGUUCAGCUCUCAAUAAAACAGAUAAAAUAUUGAUUACCACAAAUUGGAAGACUGAUGAAAUCGUUUCCAAUA